AUGUCUCGGGACGAUUUGAUGAGGAUGAAUACAAAUGCGACGAUAUCGCAGCAAAUCCGUCAUGAAAUUCAACGUUUUGAAAGUGUUCAUCCAUGCAUCUAUACUGUCUACGAUUUGAUCGAGUUAGUGUCGGAUGCUAUGAUACAGGAUAAACUGCGUGAACAAAUUGUUCAUAUUGAAGAUUGGGAAAAAGAAGAAUAG